AUGACUAUCAAAAUGGCAUGCUAUUUUGGUUGGAUAGUACUUGACUUGCGCGAACUUUUCAAUACAAUACUUAUCAACAAUUAUGUAAAAUCAAGAACAAUAGCCGUCGCCGUGCUUUCAUUCUGCCUAUCUCAUCAUAUUUUCAAAUUCCUGCUUAUUAAUUAUAUGUGCGAAACAGUCAGUGUGAAGGCAGGUGCAACAGCAGAUUUAUUAAAUAGAUUAUCAUAUGUCACUUGUGAUGAUGAAAUUCGUGAACUUAUUUCUCAGUUUUCAUUGCGAAUAGUGUAUGCACCCCUUACAUUCUGUGGAAUCGGAUUUUUCCAAUUUGGUUUCAAAUUUCUUCAUAAGUUUAUCAUGUCUAUUGCGACUGUUUUAGUUAUAAUAAUACAAAAAAAGGCAGGUUCAAUUGCACGUAUACCGGGUGUUUCAGAUCAUCCGUAUACCCCAUUUAAAAACGAGGGAAGUGGUUACUUUAAAGAAUAUUUUAGACAAAAUCAUUGGUAA